GGUGUGGUUUAUUGGAGCACUGCUGCUGUUGCUGCUGCUGGGAAUGAAUAUAAUAAAUAAAUAAAAAUAAAAAUAAGGUGAUGGAUCCAGUGAUGGAGCUUAGGGCUGCCUAAUCUUGUCGAGCAUCCCGAUGCCGUUUCGAGAUGCAUGCCUUUUUCGUGCCUGUCCGGUAAACACUUGUGCUACUGGGAAUAUGCGGGGGCGCUUGAACGAGAGCAUAUAUUGGACGUCAGGAUGCUCUUCUAGCACAGACGCCACAACACUCUGUCCCGUGCAACGAUUAUUUCUAUUUAAAAGAAAAAAAACAGCAUCAAAAUGUGUGACGACGAAGUAGCUGCUUUAGUUGUAGACAAUGGAUCCGGUAUGUGCAAAGCCGGUUUCGCUGGAGAUGACGCACCACGUGCCGUCUUCCCAAGCAUUGUUGGACGUCCCCGUCAUCAGGGAGUCAUGGUUGGUAUGGGACAAAAAGACUCAUACGUCGGUGACGAAGCCCAAAGCAAAAGAGGUAUCCUCACAUUGAAAUACCCAAUUGAACAUGGUAUCAUCACCAACUGGGAUGAUAUGGAAAAAAUCUGGCAUCACACUUUCUACAAUGAACUCAGAGUUGCACCAGAAGAGCACCCAGUACUUCUUACUGAAGCACCACUCAAUCCAAAAGCCAACAGAGAAAAGAUGACCCAAAUUAUGUUUGAAACAUUCAACAGCCCAGCCAUGUAUGUUGCCAUCCAAGCUGUUCUCUCAUUGUACGCUUCAGGUCGUACCACUGGUAUUGUUUUGGACUCUGGUGAUGGUGUCUCACACACUGUUCCAAUCUACGAAGGUUAUGCUCUUCCCCAUGCCAUCCUCCGUUUGGAUUUGGCUGGUCGUGAUUUAACCGAUUACCUCAUGAAGAUUCUUACCGAAAGAGGUUACUCAUUCACCACAACAGCUGAAAGAGAAAUUGUCCGUGAUAUCAAGGAAAAACUCUGUUAUGUUGCCCUGGACUUUGAACAAGAAAUGGCCACAGCUGCAGCAAGUACCUCACUCGAAAAGAGCUACGAGCUUCCCGACGGUCAAGUAAUCACCAUUGGUAACGAAAGAUUCCGUUGUCCAGAAGCCCUCUUCCAACCAUCAUUCUUGGGUAUGGAAUCAUGUGGAAUCCACGAGACCGUCUACAAUUCAAUCAUGAAAUGUGAUGUCGAUAUCCGUAAGGACUUGUAUGCCAACAAUGUCUUGUCUGGUGGUACCACAAUGUACCCAGGUAUUGCUGAUCGUAUGCAAAAAGAAAUUACAGCUCUUGCUCCAUCAACAAUCAAGAUCAAGAUCAUCGCACCACCUGAAAGAAAAUACUCCGUCUGGAUUGGUGGUUCCAUCCUCGCUUCAUUGUCCACCUUCCAACAGAUGUGGAUCUCAAAACAAGAGUACGAUGAAUCCGGUCCAGGAAUCGUCCACCGCAAGUGCUUCUAAGAAGUUUAUUUCAAAACUAUUUAUAUUUAUUGAAUUAUUAUUAUUCAAAUCAAAAAUCGCAUACUACUAUACAUAUUAUUGCUUUGUCAUGCUAUGUGCCACUAAUUACUUUCUGUAUUUAGCUGACAUUGAUCGUUUGACAAUUGCUAUAUUAAUUAUUUGAGCGAAAAUUUCAUCUUUUGUAUAUAUAAGUUACCAUCUUAUGGAAUAAAUACUACCUUAUAUUCUUACA